AUGGCAGCGGUGAAAACCCCCAGCAGAGAAGUAAAGAAUGCUGAAGAACCAUUUCAUGAUGUAUCGCCCCUCCUUUUAAGGAGCCUAGUGGAGGAACCCAAGAAACCAAAAGAAGUACCUAAUCACCUCCUGGAAUCAAAGGUUUAUGCAAAUCUUCUGAAUAAUAAGGUCAUACAGGCAAAACCUGGCAUAUUGCAUUUUGGAGGCUAUCAAGUAGAAAAACAACACCAGCAGAUACUGCACGUGGUCAAUAUUUGCAAUGAAGAUUUACACGUUCAUAUUUUACCCCCACAAACCAAACACUUUCAGAUCAAAUAUGUGAAAAAGGAGCACCGCCUUAUCCCUGGCUUGUCCCUCACGGUCACCGUUACAUUUACUCCAGAUGAGUGGCGAUACUACUAUGAUUGCAUCCGCAUUCACUGUACGGGAGAUGAGACUUUGCUUGUCCCCAUCCACGCCUAUCCUGUCAUAAAUAGACUGGACUUUCCCUCAUUUAUAAAUCUAUCAAAUGUUCUACUUGGUGAAAGCAAAAGCUAUGUGAUUCCUUUGCAAUGCAGUUGUCCUGUAGAUUUCGAGUUUCAUGUUGCGUUGGUUCAGUCUCAUCAAGCCUUUACUGUUGAGCCAACGUCAGGAAUAAUACCAGCGAACGGGAAGAUGGAUGUGACAGUGACGUUUACCCCCUUUCAGUGUGGGAUCGCACAGAUAAAAGUGCAGCUGUGGAUUGCACAGUUCAACUCGCAACCAUACGAGUGUGUCUUCACCGGCACGUGCUACCCCAACAUGGCUUUAAAGUUAGAAGAAUUUGAAAGAUUAAAUACUCUUUCUAGGAAAGUAGUUGUUCCUCCAGAAAAGGCAAGGACACAUGUACAUUUUCACCGAUUGCCAGCAAAGGCAAAGCCUCCCAAGAUUAAGGAAAUCGAAUAUCAGAACUUGAGAUUUCCAGUAGAUUUAUCGAAUCCAUUUGCUGUGGCAACUGUUCUAAACCAAGAACCAGGAAAAUUGAAGAUUAAAGAAUUAAGAGAAGUUUUGGACCAAGGCACUGAGGUUUCAAAAACAAGACAGAUGAAGGAAACACUCUUUGAACAGAAAGUCAGACAGAACACUUACGAAGAGCUCAGAAAUCACCUUAAGUGGCAGGUACACCUCGGUAAAGAUCACAUGUCCCUUAAAUUUAAAAAAGACCUUACUGAGGAGCGGCAGAGAGUAAACAACAAAUACAAGCUAGAUAGAGGAGAUCCUGUUUUGGAUGACGAAUUCCAGCGACUCAAGACAGAAGUUCACCCGAAACGGGUUGUACGCGACCUGGAAGAAAAAACCAGGGAAUUUCAUCCUAAUUUUGAUCCGCUCGUAAAUAACACUUGGGUCAACAGGUUCUGGGCGCAGAGACGGUUUCAGCAAGCAGCACGCAAGGUCGUGAUUCAGCGCCGCUUGCUGAACAUGCUGACUGCGAUCCGUAACAUGCACAGAGACGCCAUCAAGAAAAGGUUCAGUCACGGAGGACAGGCCAUAGCACAAGACGAGAAUUCCUCCAGACACCUUCCGGCGCGGGUCAGUCAGGACGAUUACUGCAGCUGCUUCUCUGUGUCACCCCAGCAAGUGCUGCCCUUCGCCUUCCCGGCCUACAGCGCCCCCCAGGGCUCCGACGAGCUGGCUCCUGGUGGCCUUGGACCUGUUCCAAUUAAACCUUCAGAAAUUCAAAUCAAGCAGGCCUAUUCCUUCUUCAGUCUGCAGGUUCCUCAGCUGUACCAGAUCAAGAGGUACCAGCCGGUCUCUGUGCAGAGGUCUUCAACCAGCUACUGGCCUCAGAAGCUUGCCCGGGCCCUGAAGCCAGGAGCUGAGGACGAAGCCACCGCCGUCAUGGCCCUGCCCAAGCAGGACUCCGCGCCCCAGCUCCCCGGCGAGACCUCCGUCCUGAGCAUACGACUCCCUGAGGCCUUGGCCCGGGCUCCAGAGUACGACCCACUUUAUAUCUUUAACCCCAGCCCAGGGUUAUUUGCCGUGAAGCACCCGCUGACCUACGUGGAAACCUCGAUGGAUUACCAUCUGUGCACCCACCCCAAAUACAAGUUCACUAAGGAGUCCCACUGCAGCUCCAGCAUCCCCCUAACCCAGAAGCAGUUUCUCCAUCACAUGGAUGUCAUUCCUGGAGUGAUGACCUGGAAGAGGUUCCAGUGCCCGGUCCUCUCGUCCCUGCCCGAAACCUCGAAGACAGAGGUGACGCAGAGCUGCGAUUCCUUCAAUUUAGCCAUGCUUCCUAUAGACGUCCCUGCCGUUCUUGAUGCCUUACCAGAGGAAGACAGAAUGGAGACCCUCGAACGCGAGCUCUGUGAGCAGAGUAUAGACAUCAUGCUGACCCCAGAAAUGAUGGCGGUGGAAUUCCCUAUGUUGAACUACAAGGACACCAAGAAGGAGAAAGAGGCGAGAGACCAAGCACAGCCACUGGAGAAGGCAGGAGAAAAGGUGUUUGAGGAGAUGAAGACCCUGCGGGGCAAAGCUCUCAACUCGUUGACUCUAGAAUAA